AGCCGUUUCCUCCGUGUGGAAUGAGCCCUUCCUUUCCCCGGUCUGCUCAGGGGGAAAAUGGUGAAACCCCCAAAUCCGCUUCUUUAUGUGGUUAAUACAAGGGCGCAUACAGAGCCUGGGGUAAAAAAAAUUACAAGUGCAAGUGACCUUGCGUGUUUUAACGUUGGGAAACUCGACUCUGGGGAUAACGGAAUCGUAGAUUGUUAAGUUUAGGCGUCUAAUGAAUUGGGGAGACGCACAUUACUUAAAAUCCUUGUCUCGCGCGCCCCAAGUUUGCCGCUUCGCGGCGGCAAGCUGGGCCGAGCGGGGGUGGGGAGGGUCUCCAGUCCCAGGCGCGGCGUUCGCUCGGGGCUUCUUCCCAGUUUCCUGCCUCGGAGUCGCCGCGUCCGCCCCAGCCCAGAGCAGUUUGUGCAGUUGAGAAACUCGAUAGGAGGCAGCAGCUGAUCUCCCACUACCCUAAAAAUAAUCCGCUCGGCGCCCGGCGUGCUUCGGCCAGGGGAGGAAACGCUGCCUUCGGAGUAAGAGUUCUGCGUCCUGCUUUUAAAUUUACACUUAAGACAGUGUAGGAAGCCGGUGUUCCGAAGGUAGUGCAAGUGCGCCAGUAGGGGUUUGAAGCAGCAUCAAGCGAUUGCCCAAGGAAAAAAUAUGAUUCGUGACCAUUACUAAAUCAAUUAUCAAUGAAAGGAAAGAGAGAAAAGAGUAAACUAUAUAAGAAGAAAUGAGCCUUUCAUUCUGUGGUAACAAUAUUUCUUCAUAUAAUAUCUAUGAUGGUGUGUUGCAAAAUCCCUGUUUUGUGGAUGCCCUCAACCUGGUCCCUCACGUCUUCCUGUUGUUUAUCACUUUUCCAAUAUUGUUUAUUGGGUGGGGGAGUCAAAGCUCAAAAGUACAAAUUCAUCACAAUACGUGGCUUCAUUUUCCUGGACACAACCUGAGAUGGAUUCUUACGUUUGCCCUCCUAUUUGUGCAUGUGUGUGAAAUAGCAGAAGGCAUCGUUUCAGAUUCACGGCGCGAGUCGCGACAUCUCCACCUCUUCAUGCCGGCCGUGAUGGGAUUUGUUGCCACUACAACAUCAAUAGUAUAUUAUCAUAAUAUUGAAACAUCAAAUUUUCCUAAAUUACUUUUAGCCUUAUUCCUGUAUUGGGUAAUGGCCUUUAUCACGAAAACCAUAAAGUUGGUCAAAUACUGGCAGUCUGGUUGGGGAGUAUCAGACCUGCGUUUCUGCAUCACUGGCAUAAUGGUCAUUUUGAAUGGACUCCUGAUGGCCGUGGAGAUCAAUGUCAUUCGCAUCAGAAGAUAUGUGUUCUUCAUGAAUCCUCAGAAAGUAAAGCCUCCUGAAGACCUCCAGGAUCUGGGUGUGAGAUUUCUUCAACCGUUUGUGAAUUUACUGUCAAAAGCAACAUACUGGUGGAUGAACACGCUCAUCAUAUCUGCUCAUAAAAAGCCUAUUGAUCUGAAGGCAAUUGGAAAAUUACCAAUAGCAAUGAGGGCGGUAACAAAUUAUGUUUGUUUGAAAGAUGCAUAUGAAGAACAAAAGAAAAAAGUGGCCGAGCAUCCGAAUCGGACCCCAUCUAUAUGGCUGGCAAUGUACACAGCUUUCGGGAGACCCAUUCUACUUAGUAGCACAUUUCGUUAUCUUGCUGACUUACUGGGUUUUGCUGGACCUCUCUGUAUUUCUGGAAUCGUUCAACGUGUGAAUGAAACACAGAAUGGGACAAAUAACACAACAGGAACUUCAGAAACCCUCUCAUCAAAGGAAUUUCUUGAAAAUGCCUAUGUUCUAGCAGUUCUUCUGUUCUUGGCUCUUAUUCUGCAAAGGACAUUUUUGCAGGCUUCCUACUAUGUAACCAUAGAGACUGGCAUUAAUCUCCGUGGAGCCCUGCUGGCCAUGAUAUACAAUAAAAUCCUGCGGCUUUCUACAUCUAAUUUAUCCAUGGGUGAGAUGACCCUGGGUCAGAUCAAUAACUUGGUUGCCAUUGAAACCAAUCAACUCAUGUGGUUCUUGUUCCUGUGUCCCAAUCUAUGGGCUAUGCCUGUUCAGAUCAUAAUGGGCGUGAUUCUGCUCUACAAUUUGCUUGGGUCCAGCGCGUUGGUUGGUGCUGCUGUCAUUGUGCUCCUGGCGCCCAUUCAGUACUUCAUUGCUACAAAGUUGGCAGAGGCUCAGAAGAGCACUCUUGAUUAUUCCACUGAGAGACUGAAGAAAACAAAUGAAAUACUGAAAGGCAUCAAACUUCUAAAGUUGUACGCCUGGGAGCACAUCUUUUGCAAGAGUGUGGAAGAAACAAGAAUGAAAGAACUAUCCAGUCUCAAAACCUUUGCUCUUUAUACAUCACUCUCCAUCUUCAUGAACGCGGCAAUUCCCAUAGCAGCUGUUCUUGCUACAUUUGUGACGCAUGCGUAUGCCAGCGGGAACAAUCUCAAACCUGCGGAGGCCUUUGCUUCACUGUCUCUCUUCCACAUCCUGGUUACCCCUCUCUUCCUGCUCUCCACUGUGGUCAGGUUUGCCGUCAAAGCCAUCAUCAGUGUUCAAAAGCUGAAUGAGUUUCUCUUGAGUGAUGAGAUUGGUGAGGACAGCUGGCUGACUGGGGAAGGUUCUCUUCCAUUUGAAUCCUGUAAGAAACACACUGGAGCCCAGCCAAAAACUAUAAACAGGAAGCAGCCUGGAAGGUAUCACCUGGACAGCUACGAGCAGUCAACACGGCGUCUGCGUCCCGUGGAGACCGAGGAUAUUGCAAUAAAGGUCACAAAUGGGUACUUUUCAUGGGGCAGUGGUUUAGCUACCUUAUCUAAUAUAAAUAUUCGAAUUCCAACAGGUCAGUUAACCAUGAUUGUGGGCCAGGUGGGAUGUGGGAAGUCCUCUCUUCUCCUUGCCAUCCUCGGUGAGAUGCAGACAGUGGAGGGAAAAGUUCACUGGAGCAAUGUAAAUGAAUCUGAACCUUCUUUUGAAGCAACCAGAAGUAGGAACAGGUAUUCUGUGGCUUACGCAGCUCAAAAGCCUUGGCUAUUAAAUGCUACAGUGGAAGAAAAUAUUACCUUUGGAAGUCCUUUCAACAAACAGAGGUACAAAGCUGUCACAGAUGCCUGCUCUCUUCAGCCGGAUAUUGACUUACUACCAUUCGGAGACCAAACUGAAAUUGGAGAGAGGGGCAUCAACUUGAGUGGGGGUCAGAGGCAAAGAAUCUGUGUGGCCCGAGCUCUCUAUCAAAAUACCAACAUUGUCUUCUUGGAUGAUCCAUUUUCUGCCUUGGACAUUCACUUGAGUGAUCACUUAAUGCAGGAAGGGAUUUUGAAAUUUCUCCAAGAUGACAAGAGGACACUUGUUCUUGUGACUCACAAAUUACAAUAUCUAACACAUGCUGACUGGAUCAUAGCCAUGAAAGAUGGAAGUGUUCUAAGAGAAGGAACUUUGAAGGACAUUCAAACCAAAGAUGUUGAGCUUUAUGAACACUGGAAAACACUUAUGAAUCGGCAAGAUCAAGAACUAGAAAAGGAUAUGGAAGCUGACCAAACAACUUUAGAGAGGAAAACACUCCGAAGAGCCAUGUAUUCAAGAGAGGCAAAAGCCCAACUGGAGGAUGAAGAUGAAGAGGAAGAGGAGGAGGAAGAUGAGGAUGAUAACAUGUCCACUGUAAUGAGGCUGAGGACUAAAAUGCCAUGGAAGACCUGUUGGCGGUACCUCACCUCUGGAGGAUUCUUCUUGCUCUUCCUGAUGAUUUUCUCUAAGCUUUUGAAGCAUUCCGUCAUUGUAGCUAUAGACUACUGGCUGGCCACGUGGACCUCAGAGUACAGUAUAAACAAUACUGGAAAAGCUGAUCAGACCUACUAUGUGGCUGGAUUUAGCAUACUUUGUGGAGCAGGUAUUUUCCUCUGCCUUGUUACAUCUCUCACUGUGGAAUGGAUGGGUGUCACAGCUGCCAAAAAUCUUCACCACAAUCUCCUCAAUAAGAUCAUUCUUGGACCAAUAAGAUUCUUUGAUACCACACCACUGGGACUGAUUCUCAAUCGCUUUUCAGCUGAUACAAAUAUCAUUGAUCAGCAUAUCCCUCCAACUUUGGAAUCUCUAACUCGCUCAACACUGCUCUGCGUGUCUGCCAUUGGCAUGAUUUCUUAUGCUACCCCUGUGUUCCUGGUUGCACUUGUGCCUCUUGGGGUCGCCUUUUAUUUUAUCCAGAAAUACUUCCGAGUGGCCUCUAAGGAUCUCCAGGAACUUGAUGAUACUACCCAGCUCCCUCUGCUUUGCCACUUCUCAGAAACCGCUGAAGGACUCACCACUAUUCGGGCAUUUAGGCAUGAAACCAGAUUCAAGCAGCGAAUGCUGGAACUUACAGACACGAACAACAUUGCCUACUUAUUCCUCUCAGCUGCCAACAGAUGGCUAGAGGUCAGAACGGAUUAUCUGGGAGCUUGCAUUGUUCUCACUGCAUCAAUUGCAUCCAUUAGUGGGUCUUCCAAUUCUGGAUUGGUGGGCUUAGGUCUUCUAUAUGCACUUACGAUAACCAAUUAUUUGAAUUGGGUUGUGAGGAACUUGGCCGAUGUGGAGGUCCAGAUGGGGGCAGUGAAGAAAGUGAACAGUUUCUUAACUAUGGAGUCUGAGAACUAUGAAGGCACCAUCGAUCCUUCUCAAGUUCCAGAACACUGGCCUCAGGAAGGGGAGAUCAAGAUUCAUGAUCUGUGUGUCAGAUAUGAAAAUAAUCUGAAGCCUGUUCUUAAACACGUCAAGGCUUACAUCAAACCUGGGCAAAAGGUGGGCAUAUGUGGUCGCACUGGCAGUGGAAAGUCAUCGUUAUCUCUGGCUUUCUUCAGAAUGGUUGAUAUAUUUGAUGGAAAGAUUGUCAUUGAUGGGAUAGACAUUUCAAAACUGCCGCUGCACACACUGCGUUCUAGACUUUCAAUCAUUCUGCAGGAUCCAAUCCUAUUCAGCGGUUCUAUUCGAUUUAAUUUAGAUCCGGAAUGCAAAUGCACGGAUGACAGACUUUGGGAAGCUCUAGAAAUUGCUCAAUUGAAGAAUAUGGUCAAAUCCCUACCAGGAGGUCUAGAUGCAGUUGUCACUGAAGGUGGGGAGAAUUUUAGCGUUGGACAGAGACAGCUGUUCUGCCUUGCCAGGGCCUUUGUCCGCAAGAGCAGUAUUCUCAUCAUGGACGAAGCGACAGCUUCCAUCGACAUGGCCACAGAAAACAUUUUGCAGAAAGUGGUAAUGACAGCUUUUGCAGACCGCACCGUUGUUACAAUAGCUCAUCGGGUUCACACUAUUCUGACGGCAGACCUAGUUAUUGUGAUGAAGCGAGGAAAUAUUUUAGAGUAUGACACUCCAGAAAGCCUCUUGGCCCAGGAAGAUGGAGUAUUUGCUUCUUUUGUUCGCGCAGACAUGUGAAGGAAUGUCUUAAAACCAUACGUGUAUUUAAAAUAAUGCUGUCAUAACGUACUUAAAGGAUCAUCAGCUUGGCCUUUGGAAAGUGGCAUCUUAAACUUUUAUAUGCUUUUGUGAAGCUUACUUGUUACGUUGUGGAAUUUUGUAGUUAGUAACAAUAUCACUUUACCAGUGAACAUUGUGUUUUCUAUGUUGACAUUUAUUCUUCCUGGUUUUUUGUUUUGUUUUGCUUUCCAAGCUAUUACUGCUUAAUAUGUUUAUUACUGAUGCUUUUUUCUAAAGAUUCAGCCACAUCACCUUUAAGGAUAACAGGUUGUAUUAAAACAUGUACUUUAAGUGGUAAAUCAACUGCUAUGUUUAAGUCUGGUAAAUAUCUCUCAGGCAUAGAAGUUAUAAUGAGUGUUCAGUAUUAUUGUACUCUGAUUUAUAAGAAUAUAUUUUCCUUUUUGUUGGUGUCUCCAGAUGUUAUUGGAAGAAAAUAAGAGGUAGACAGCUUUUCUACUCAGUUAGAAAGUGAAACACUCAAAUUCAUUAUCUGGGGUCUGAGAAUAUUUUCCGUUUCAUUAACAUUAGUAAUACUGAUCCUUCUUUUAGCAGUCUCUUUUUUUCAUCUAAAUUGUUUCUUGUCACCAAGAAAUCAUCACAUUUAUUAUAAUGCUGUAAAGCCAAAACCUGCACUAGAAAGAUCAUGAAAAGAGUUUGAAAAUUUGACAAAUUAUACCCAAGGUUCCAUUUUUCCCUGUCUAGUAAGAGGAGAGUUCUUAAGAUAUCAGGCGUAUUGUGCCCUUUCCAGACUGAAGUUCAAAGAGUAAUUAGGCUCAACCUUUCAGUGGCAGGUCAGCUACAGCUUUUUAUGGUUUAUUUAAUCAUUAGAUGUGAUUAUGAUCCUCAAGCCCUAAAAUUCCACAUUAUUCAAGAUUAGGGAGCAUAGGCAAGUGGCCUUAUUUUCACAGGAUAUAUGUAUACAUACAUACAUACAUACAUAUACAUCUGUAGGUGUACAUAUAUAUGUAAAACAAGUAUCUGUUUCUAGGUGGAAGAGUGUACUUCUUUUAGACAUUUAUGCCCAAUGGUGUCACACAUGUAUACAUUUGCUCCUGCUCUAAUUUUAAUGUACAUGUGAAAAGCAAAAAUGUUAUUCUAAUUCUAAUGUGCAUGUUCACAGUGCAUUAAAAUAUAUGACAUAUUAGUAUUAUGCUUGCUUAAAUGUAAAUUAAUAGAUUCAAAAAAUAUUAAAAGUUACCUUCACUGUCAUGCUAGCAGCCAAAGCUUUCUACUGCAAUUCUGUACCUGUUUGUAUACAUAUCAUUGAUUUUCAUGUGAGGAUCCAUGGGCAUUGUAAGAUUGUGAAGAAUUAUGACUGACGAAAAAAGAGAAUAUAUGCUCCGUCCCUAUAGUUCUGUGUUCAAUUUAUUGUAUUGUGUAUUCAUGCUUGCCUGAUGUUUACCUAAAAUAAGUUUCACGAGGAUGGACAGAAAUGUUCUAUGUUAUUUAGCUCAAAUUGUCACCUUUUGUUGUAUAUAUAAAACUUCAUUGGGAGAAAAAUCCUCUUAUUGUUUCCUAAAAGCUAAACAGAACAGAAUCAGUAACUAUUGAUUUGAUCUUGAAAAUAUUUUCUAAACAUUCCACCAA